AUGAGCACCGAUCUUUCAGGCAAAGAUCAGGCAUAUUUAGAGGUCGCUGAAUCGUCUUCUUCAAUCGAAUACAACAAGGAAGACCGUGCUGCACGUUUCACAAAGAAGAAGUCAUGGUCAGACAUCUUCACCAUCAUCUGUGCUGGUGCUGCGCUGAUCAGUGAUGGCUACCAGAACAACGUUAUGUCCAUGAUGAACUUAGUCUUUGCCAAAGAAUAUCCUGACCUCUACGACGCCACUCUCAAGACGAGAGUCUCGAACGCGUUGCUCGUAGGAGCCGUUCUGGGCCAAGUCGUGGUCGGUCUCACGUGUGACUACAUGGGUCGUAAGUGGGCUAUUCUCAGCACCACCUUGCUGAUUGUGGUGGGAUCGAUUUUGUGUACCGCUGCACAUGGCGUAACCACUCUGGGAAUGUUCUGGAUGAUUAUUGUGGCUAGAGGUAUCACCGGGUUCGGUGUUGGUGGUGAAUACCCAGCUUCCUCUACUAGUGCUUCGGAGUCUGCUAAUGAGACCAGCAAGCGUCGUGGUGGAGUCUUCGUGCUUGUGACCAACCUGCCGUUGUCACUCGGAGGUCCUUUUGCUCUGAUAGUGUUCUUGAUUGUUUAUUCUGCCACUGGUACAGGAGCCCAUCUUUCCACUACUUGGAGAGUAUGCUUUGGUAUCGGUGUCAUCUGGCCUCUGUCGGUGUUUUACUUCCGUUGGAAGAUGGCCACAUCGGUUCUCUACAAAAAGGCUGCUAUCAAGCACAACGUGCCGUACUUCCUCGUGUUCAAGUACUACUGGAGACGUUUACUGGGAACAUGUGGAUGUUGGUUCAUAUAUGACUUUGUGACCUUCCCCAACGGAGUGUUCUCCUCCACCAUCAUCUCCUCUGUCAUCGAUGACUCUUCGGAUUUGAUAAAGGUUGGAGAAUGGAACCUUCUGCUGGGAAUAAUUGCCAUUCCAGGUGUUUUGGUGGGAGCCUAUCUUGUUGACAAAAUCGGACGUAAAUAUACCAUGAUCGUUGGGUUUGCCGGCUAUCUGGUAAUCGGACUCGUGAUAGGAUGCUCAUACUUCCACAUCAAGAAUAUCGUACCUCUUUUCAUUGUUUUCUAUGGAUUGUUCAAUUCUUUUGGAAAUCUCGGUCCUGGUGACACCAUGGGGUUGACUUCUGCCGAGUGCUAUGCUACCCCAGUUAGAGGAACUCUCUAUGGUCUUUCAGCUGCUCUCGGUAAGACCGGUGCUGCUGUUGGCACCCAAUGCUUCACACCAAUUCAAACUCAUUUGGGUAAGGAAUGGACCUUUAUCAUUGCUGCUAUUCUUGGUUUCAUCGGGGUAGUGAUUGCGUGGUUCUGUAUUCCUCAUUUGACAGAUGACGAUCUCAUGAUGGAGGAUGUCAAGUUCGAGAAAUACUUAAAGUCGAAGGGCUGGACAGGGUCUUUUGGACUGGACGACGAGAAAACAGUGUUGAACAAUGGAGAUGUUGAAUUGGAAGAUGCUGUAAAAGCUUAG